AUGUUGGGUUUGGUAGAAACAAAGAAAGAGAUUAUCACUAAAUAUGAUGUAGUACAUAUUUGGGGAAGUAACAGAGCAUGUUGGGAGUUUGUAAGUUCAAGCGAGGCUUCUGGUGGGUUAUUGUUAAUAUGGGAUGAAAUGGUUUUUAAAUUGUCUAACUGCUAUAAAGGAGAUAGAUGGUUGUGCAUAGAAGGAAUGGUGGUGAAAGAGAAUUUUCAUUGUGCUGUUUGCCUAGUGUAUGGACCACACGUGAGAGCUGAGAAGAACUCCAUGUGGGAAGAAUUGAGUUAUCUUGCAGGACUGUGUCAGGUGCCUUUUUGCUUUUGGGGGGAUUUUAAUGAAAUCUUGCAUGUGGAAGAAAGGAAAGGAGCGACUAGCUUAUCUGUGUCUGCGGAAGAUUUUAAAUCAUGGAUAAAUGACAUGGAGCUGGUUGAUUUGCCACUAAAUGACCGAAAGUAUACUUGGUUUAGGGGACAGUCAUGCAGUCGUAUUGAUCGAAGCCUAGUUUCAUUGGGAUGGCUUGAUGUGUAUCCGGAGACGCGCUUGAGAGGUGGGCCAAGAGGAUUAUCAGAUCACUGCCCUAUGAUUAUGGAAGACAGCAGGAAAUCUGAAGGGCCAAGACCAUUCUGA